UCAGGAGGAAGGAAGAGUUCUCCAUCUUGGCUGUGCUCACACCUAGCGUUCAACGAAUCAAUGUGAAUAGCCAUAUACGUACAACCCCUUUGAUAUUAAAGCGACUGUAAAUUUAGGAAAAUACAGUAUUAUUUUUUCGAGGUAAAUUUUAUGAAAAUAUCUCACAAUGAGUGAUGAGCUAGUAUUGAGACAGUAGUGAACGCUGGUUGUUUGUGUGAGGUCUGACGGAUCUCUGAGGCGCCGCCGAUCAAUUUUUUCUUAUUCGCUAAUUAGAAGUCAAUGAGUGGAGGAGGGCCACCAGGUGGCAAUGUCCCUCCUGGUUACGGGACACCUCCAGCUGGUUACAGAAUGCCUCCCCCAGGUCCUAAUUUGCCUCCACGCCUCCCACCACCAAGUUUCAUGCCCCCAUCAGCUCCACCGGGCUUACCACCACCAGCAUUCACUAUCCCUCCACCUGGAUUUAUGAGCUCUUUCGGACAGGCUUCUGCAGGUGAAGGUAGUGGGGCUGUAAUUUCUGCUGGUCCUCAGCUAAAUACUCCUCCAGCCAGUAAUUCUCCUGCUGCAGUUCAGGUAGUGUCUCCUGCAACUACUCCAGGACCAACUACUUCUGCAGGUGCAUCUCCAAUUAUAGCCAUGCCUGGAACACAGUCCCCUGCCCUCCCUAGCACAACUCCUACUACUACUACUACAUCAGUCAAACCAGAAACAAGUUCACCUACCAAGGACAAAAAGAAUGUUUGGACAGAACACAAGGCUCCAGAUGGAAGGAUUUAUUUUUACAAUACAUUGACAAGGCAGUCAUCAUGGGAGAAGCCAGAUGAACUGAAGACCCCUGUUGAGCUGUUACUUUCCCAAUGUCCAUGGAAAGAAUACAAAUCAGAAAGUGGAAAGACAUACUACCACAAUGUAAAUACAAAAGAAUCUCGUUGGACAGUUCCCAAAGAACUAGAGGACCUGAAAACAAAAAUUGCUUUAGAAGAAAAUGUGAAUAAAAAUGGUACUAAUAACAGUAGUACUAUUAAUACCAGUAUCAAUACUAGCAUCAAUACUGGUAUCAAUGCCAGUACUAUACCAGAUAAAAAAACAACGUCUGCUCUUGACCAAGCUAUGGCUGCUACUCUUGCUGCCAUUCAAGUUCCUGCUGCAGGAAAAGCCCCAGAGAAGAAGUCCGUCCCAGUGGAUAAAGAAGAAAUCACUAAACCCACUGUUAUAGGUGCUGUGAAACAUUUGUUUGUUGCAGAAGUAACAAAGGAGGUAGCAGAACCCAAACAGCUGGUGUUUAAAGACAAGAAAGAAGCACUGGAAGCCUUUAAAGAAUUUCUCAGAGACAAGGGUGUGCCUAGUGAUGCAACUUGGGACAAGGCAGUUAGAAUGAUCCAGAAUGAUACGCGUUAUGAGGCAUUUAACAAGCUGAAUGAAAAGAAACAAGCCUUCAAUGCUUAUAAAGUACAUCGUGCCAAGGAAGAAAAGGAGGAGCAACGACUACGAGCCAAGAAAGCCAAGGAAGACCUGGAGCAGUUCCUGUUAAGCAGUGAACGCAUGAGUUCCUCUAUCAAGUACUACCGCUGCCAUGAGAUGUUCCAACACCUUGAGUUGUGGAAGAUUGUUCCUGAGUCUGAGCGUCGUGAGGUGUAUGAAGAUGUGGUGUUCAACUUGGCAAAGAAAGAAAAAGAGGAGAACAAGGCAAUGCGCAAGAGAAACAUGAAGGUACUGAGUGAGAUAUUAGACAGCAUGACCAACAUUACCUUUAAGACUACAUGGUCAGAGGCACAGCAAAUGCUCAUAGACAACCCAACUUUUGCUGAAGACACAGAUUUGCUUAGCAUGGAUAAGGAGGAUGCCUUGAUUGUGUUUGCUGAGCACAUCAAACAACUAGAGGAAGAGGAGGAGGAAGAACGUGAGAGGCAGAAGAAGAGGAUCAAGCGGCAACAAAGGAAGUGUCGUGACAGCUAUAUAGCUCUCUUGGAUGAGUUGCAUGAGCAGGGCAAACUUACCUCUAUGUCCUUGUGGGUCGAGCUCUAUCCCAUGAUCUCAGCAGAUAUUAGGUUCACAGCCAUGUUAGGUCAGCCAGGAUCAACACCUCUUGACCUAUUUAAGUUUUAUGUGGCAGAUCUUAAGUCUCGUUUCCAUGACGAAAAGAAAAUCAUCAAGGAAAUCUUAAAGGAAAAGUCAUUUGAAGUUCAGGUCAAAACGAGCUUCAAAGAAUUUGCCACGGUGGUAUGUGAUGACCCUCGCUCAGCCACAUUGGAUGCUGGUAAUGUCAAGUUGACCUACAAUGCUCUUAUUGAGAAGGCAGAAGCAAGGGAAAAGGAAAGGCAAAAGGAGGAAGCUCGUAAGAUGCGUCGUCUAGAGGCAGGGCUGCGAGCAACAUUUAAAUCCAUUGGCGUCGACUCUGGCUCCACCUGGGAAGACGUGCGUCCUCGGGCACAACAUCUCUCAGCAUUCACUGCUAUUACUAUUGAGGCAGAACGCAUCAGAAUUUUCAAGGAAUAUCAGCAACACCUGGAAGAGGCAUGUGGCCACCACCACUCUCGCAACAAAAAGAAAAGCAAGAAGAAAGAUAGGAAAAAGUCUCGAUCACGUUCUCACUCGUAUACGUCUGACAGUGAUGAUGGUCAUCACAAGCGCAGGUCACGACGUUCCCGCUCCCGCUCUAGAAGCUAUUCUGAUGAUACUGACGAUGAUCGACGCAAGUCACGUAAAAAGAAAAGCAAGAAAAAGAAGGGCCGAAGUCGUUCGCGAUCUGUCAGCAGUGAAGAUUCCUACAGAUCAAGGCGCUCUAGUAAGAAAAAGAAGCAUCGAUCUCGCUCUCGUUCUCGCUCCAGAUCACGUGGCGGGAGAAAAGCCAAAAGCUGAUAACAUUCGGUGGGCUGUACCACACGGUGCGGUCUUCCAUUUGGACGUCAUCAUGGAGAUGUGAUAACCAAGACGUAACACCACCAGGUCUAUACACAAACAUGAAUCCACCCCCCUCUGCCUGGCGACAUGAUGUCAUGUGGUGUCCUCGGGGAGGAUAUCUAAGUUUGCCUCCAUGGCAACUUUGUCGUUGUCACCUGUCUUUGAAUGCUAAUAUAAUGAUAACAUAUUGAUAUGCCUAUUACAAGUUAAAUGUUUUGCGAAAAAUCAGUAUUUGUUUUAUAUUGGGCGAUGGAACAAGACUUGAUGUUGUCAAGAAAUGAUCGUUUUGAAAAAAAAAAAAAGGCAUACUUAGGAAUUUGCUGAAUACUUAAAUGUACAUAUGACAUGGGUUAACUCAUUACUUCGUUAGUCCAUUAUAACCCCGCUGAACUGAUGUAGUGGUGCCACCGAUACUUUCCAUCACUCUGUGAAGCUAGUGACACUUUUCUUAUUCUUUGAUUUGCGUUUGCAAUAUGUACAAGUGAUAAAAUAAUUCUUUUGCGUGUUUAUGAUGUUCCUUUAAUAGUCAGUAUUACCCUAAGUGUUUCCAACAUGCUGAUUUGAUGGAUGUGCCCUAGCAGUACAUUGUGCCCUUGUACAUAUGAUGUAAAUGGACUGUAUUUUCAAUUUAAAUAGAAUAAAUAGUUUUACACAUG